AUGCUGGGGGGUCUCUGCUGGCUAGGGCAGCUGCUGGUGCUGCUGCAGGCAGCUGGGAGUCUCGAGGUUGAGUGUCCCAUCCCAGAUAUCCCACAUGGACGGCUGAAGCCUGCACAGAACCUCACCCAGGGCAGCACAGCCACACUCGAGUGCAACCCUGGCUACAUCCCCCUGGGUGCCACCACCGUGCGCUGCCUGGGCAGAGGCAGGUGGUACCCACGGGUUCCUGCCUGCACCCUAGGUCACUGUUCCUACCCUCCUGCCAUCGACCACGCAGAGCGAAACGCUCGGGGCGAGUUCCUGGUGGGGACAACUGUGACCUAUUUCUGCAGACCCGGAUACACUUUGAUCCCUGAUGUGUCUCCAAUAACUACUUGCCUUGAAAAUUUCACGUGGUCGGUGAUCCCACCGCUGUGCCAGAAGCUGCUGUGUCCCAGCCCGGCUAUCCAACACGGGAGAGAGAUCACCCUCAGGACAACAGAUUACGCUGUUGGACACCAGGUGGAAUUUCAGUGUGACCCUGGCUACAUUUUGAGGGGCAGCCAGAGGAUCCAGUGCGGGUCUGACGGGACGUGGAGACCUCCUGUGCCCUACUGCGACAAGGCCUGUGACCCCCCUCCGCAGAUCCCCCACGGGCAGCACUCUGCCCUGAGAACGGGGCAGUUCCCCUACGGCUUGGAAGUGAAGUACAGCUGUGCCGAGGGUCUGUCCCUGCUCGGGGACGAGUCCAUCUUCUGCACGUCGGCCGACGGGGUGACCGUGGCGUGGAGCGGCCCUGCCCCGCAGUGCCGGCUGGUUCGGUGCCCCAGGCCCGCGGUGCGGGGGGCUCGGGUGGCUCCGCGGAGCUUCAGCUUCGGCUACGGGGCGGCCGUGCGGUUCUCCUGCCAGGAAGGCUUCGAGCUGCGCGGAGACGCCGAGAGCCGGUGCCUGGAGGACGGGGCCUGGCACCCUCCCCUGCCCUCCUGCCAAGAGGCCUUUGACUGUGGUGUGCCUAUGGCAGAAGUGAAAACCCUGCUGGAAAUAGAGAAACUGUUUCUGGAGAUCAAAAAACUAAAGGUGGAAUUAGAAAACUUGAACAAGCCAUCCAGUGACGAGCACACCAGCAGCUUCCCGGUGGGAUCCAGGGUGACUUACACCUGCAUCCAAGGCACCAUCAGAAUCCCCGGGAGGUCGGACACGGUGCAGUGCCUGCCCGGCGCCCGCUGGUCGAAGCUGCCCGAGCCCUGUGGCCGGAGCUGCCCUGCCCCGACGAGGCUGCGCUUUGCUGCCCUGGCCAAGGCCGAUGAGAUCAUUAAUUUCUUUCCUGUCGGGACCAACGUGAGCUACGCCUGCCGCCCCGGCUACGAGAACACCUCGGAGAGUUCCCCCACCAGCACCUGCCUGGAAAACCUGGCGUGGUCGGAAGCUGCUGAGCUGUGCAGGAGGAGGUCCUGCGGGGAGCCGGGGGCGCUGCCGGGGGGCCGGGUGGUCCCACUCACAGACCUGCAGUUUGGGGCACGGGCAAAGGUCUCCUGUGAAGAUGGGUACAAAUUAGAUGGGAGAGAUUUCAUCCAGUGCCAGCUUAAAGGAAACGAUGUUGAAUGGAGUAAACUCCCAACUUGUGAAUGUGCCUGUGGGCCCUUGCCCAACAUAAGCCACGCGGAGCCCCCAGAGGACACCAAACUUCGGGGGAGCUUCAGUGUCGGCUCCCAAGUCACGUACAGAUGCCUGGAAGGUUUUGUCAAACGCCCUUUGCUGUCGGACACCACCCAGUGCCUUGCCAACUCCCAGUGGUCCAACCUCCCCGAGUUCUGUGGUCGGAGCUGUCCCAGCCCACCACGUGUGAGUUUUGCCAGAAUAUCACAAAAAGAUGAAACACUGAAUUUUUACGCCGUUGGCACCACGGUGAACUACGUUUGUCGCCCUGGCUAUGAGAACAGCACGGCCCAGCUCCCCACCAGCACCUGUCUUGACAAUUUAAAGUGGUCAGACAUUCCCGAGCUCUGUCACACCAUUCCCAAUGGGAAGCACAAUGGCAAUGAUACCGAGUUCAUGUACAGCUCUGUUGUGAUGUACACGUGUGACCCAGGGCUCCAGCUUGUGGGGAAUGAAACUCUUCACUGUACAACAGAGAACGGGGUCAAUGGCACCUGGAGUGGGUCUCUUCCCGAGUGCAGGGCCAGCAGAGGAGCAGCCACCGACCAAACGGAGCCCUCGGGGGCAAAGACAGCAGAGAAUCCUUACUGGCUAGUUCCCCCAGUAGCCCUUGGAAUUCUAGCUGGGAUCAUCAUGAGAUGGAAAGACAAUAAAAAGCACUCUUAUGAUACUGAUUUACAAAAGCCCAAGAAGGGGAAGGACCCCCCAAGGCACCCACAGGCAGUGGGUGCUGAGAAGCUGCCCGUGCCAUGGCGUGACUAUUUUUGCUGUGCCACCUGCCAGGACUGGCUGCGCGCCCGGCCCGGCACCCUCUGCACCUUCUCCGUCCCCACCAUCAGUGAUGGGGAGAGCUGGAGUCCUGCAGGCACCAGCUCUCCUGCCAAAGCUGUGGAUGUGCUGAGGGCUGAUGGUGCAGGAGAAGCUGUUCCAGAGAGGAGCGAGGCAGAGCCGCCCAGGGACCCAGACAGCAACCACCACAUCUGCCCCACCUGUGAGGACUGGCUCCGCGCCCACCUGGUCCCAAGCCGCGCCGCAGUGCCCGGGGAGCCGCGGGGCGUGCGGGGCCCCCAGGGUCCCAUCUGCCCGCCCUGCGCCGACCGCCUGCACCUCUCCCUGGUCCACAGCGACGUGACGCGCUGCCCCGUGUGUCCCCUGGCCGGGGAGGGGCCCCUGGCUCACCUGGUCCCCCGGAGCACCCCUGGCUGCCACGUCUGCCCCGGCUGCGCUGCGCCCACCCACAAACAUCUGUGCCAGCCCCGAGGGUAG